AUACUCGGCGUUCUUGAACGGCCCCUCAUGCGAUUUUCACCGCGAGCGCAGUAGACAGGUACGCGUUUGUCGUAUCUCAGUCACUGAUACGCCGUCGUCAACAUUGUCAAAACCGCGAUCGCAACAGAAACAACGACAAAAAAAAACACAUCGCGACCGAUAGGAUAAAACGAACAGCCAAAAUGGAAACAGGACAACGGCCCGAUAACAGACCCUCGUCGAACGGAGUACGAACAGCAUCAAACAUUUUAUUAGAUUGUUUACCAUUGAUCACGAGAAUUUUAGUAGGAAUUCUUCAUACGAUAUACGCAUUCAUCAACCUAGCAUUUGCCAGCAUAUAUCCAGUAGAAAAAUCUUUAAAAGAUAAAGUCGUACUUGUGACUGGCGCCGGCAGAGGACUUGGCCGGGAGAUGAGCUACCAGCUGGCCAAGGAGGGUGCAAAAGUGGUGUGCGUGGACAUAAACGCGGAAGGCGUCAAGGAGACGGCGGAAGUGAUCAACGGCGGCCGGACGGGCGAGGACGCUGUAGCCGACUUUUACACGACUAACGUGGCCGAGCCGAGCCAGGUUAACGAACUGGCCAAAGCCGUGGAAGAUAAAUGGGGCAAGGUGGACGUGCUGAUCAACAACGCGGGUAUUGUGGCCAGCGCGCCUUUGAUGGACACCACCGACGAUCAAAUCAAGCGCAUGAUCGACGUCAACCUGAUUUCGCACUUUUGGAUGAUACGCGCCUUUUUGCCGGCCAUGCAGAAACGCAACGAAGGUCACAUCGUGGCAACGUCCUCGGCGGCGGCGUUCACGUGUGCGGCUAACAUCGUGCCUUACGCAGCCACCAAAUACGGUGUCACUGGUUUGAUGGCCAGUUUCAGAGAAGAACUCAGGGGCAACCCGUCAAACAACAUAAAAACCACUACUGUUCACCCGUUCUUUUUGGACUCAGCCCCGAUAAACGUCAAACACUGGGAAGUCAAGUCAGUAUUGCCAAUUGUUUCGAUUCCACAAGUUGCCCAAGCAGCAAUUCAAGGCAUUAAAAGAGAAGACGCCAUUGUAACCGUUCCAGAAUCGUUAAGACUGAGCAUGCACAUGUUAUGGAUGUUGCCACAGAAAUCAGCUGAUUAUUGGCGAGAUACUUUUGCUUCAAAAAUCGAUAAAGCUUAAUUUGUUUUAAACUUAUAUUAUUGAAUUGAAUAACUUAAAAAUUAAAAUAUUUGUUGUAUUGUGUAUAUAAAAUGUAAUUAUAGGCAUCAUAAAAUUUGUUCAACAAGUAUUGGUACGUACAUAAUAUAAUUAAAGAUAACUACAGAUAUUUGUGAGUGCUAGUAUUGUAGUAUCAAUUCAAAAUUUUAAAAUUCAAUUCAGUUCUCCAUUUAUUUAUUUCAUUGAGUAAAUAUUUAGUAGUAUAGGUACCCAUAAUACCAAAUUUACUUACUCACUAUAUUUAUAUUUUAUAUUUUAAGUCACAAUGUAUGAUUAUAAAUACUAAAAUUAUAUUUAAAAAAUACCUGUAAUAAUUUAAUAGUUAAUAUUAUUAUAAACUUUUUACAAU